AUGGCCGCUACGGCCGCCCAGCUGGCCAUUGCCACAGCCUCCCUCACCGCCGUGCUCCUCCGCCCGGACCCCGCGCCCUGCUCGCGCGCCGAUAUUGACGAGUUUGCUGGCCUGCUGGCCCUCACUGCGGCGCGCUGUUCGCCUGCCAAUGUCCAGACCUGCAAGCAUUGGAUGUUGCGCCAUGUCACGCACUCACCUGCCCGCACUGCCGCCGUCGGCCGCUACCUCGUGGCGCUCGCCCACUCGUUUCCGCCGGAGACACGACGCACAACAUCCGAAACGGAAGCCAAGCCGACCUCGGCACGCCGCAAACGUCUUCACCUCCUCUACGUGAUCAGCGAUGUCCUGUACCACGUCGCGUUUCGCAGCACCACCCUGGACGGUGACAACGCGACGAGACCGCCGUUUGUGGCCAGUAUCGAGCCCAGUCUCCUGCCCCUCGUGUCGAGCGCCGCAGCGUUUGUCCGUGCCCCCAAACAGCUCGCAAAACUAAACGACCUGCUCGACCUGUGGGCCUCCCACAACUACGUCGGUGACAACGUGCUGCAGCAGCUUCGAACAGCCGUCGACGAAGGACCACGCCGGGCCGAGGAGGCGCUGCAGAAACAAGCCAAGGACAAGGCCGCUGGCAAACACCAAAAGGGGCUGGCUGCUGCUGGUGCUACAAGUACAGGCGCCUCCAAAGAAGCAAAAGAAACAAAAGAAGCGCCUUUCCUGCUGCCCGCCCUCCAUGGCGACCCUGCCGUGCCCUGGUACGACUGGCCCGCCGCCACAUGGCUCCACGUCCUCGAGCCUAACUCGACACGUCCCAUGAACCCGGCCAACCUGCAACCGCUACAGCUUGCGCCCGGUCCUGCACCACCGGCCCUUGAAGCCAGCGUGCGUGCCCUGCUCGCCGACGUUGAUCGUAUGUAUGAAGGCGAGGGCGGUGAGGGCGGUGAGGAUGGCAAGGACGGUGAGAUGUCAGCCGCCGCCGACAUCGACUCGGACGUGAAUGCCCUUGGAGAACGCAUUGAUGUUGAUGUCCUGUCGGGCGACAUUGUCGGUGGCGACACCUACUAUGGCUGGUCCCGUGCCUUUUGCAAGAGCAUGAAGGAGCGUCGGCGACGUUGGAAGACUCUCGGUGGCACUGGCUUCGCAGAGCCAGACUCACCGCUACCACCAUCGCUCCCGAUCUACGUCGAGAUCCAGAUCCAGAUCCAGGUCCAGAUCCAGGUCGAGGUCGAGGUCGAGGUCAAAGCGCCAGUUCCGAUCCAGAUCAAGGAGCCGAUGUCGCUCUCGGUCGUGGAGCGGAUCGAAUUCGCCGAGGAGACACCUGUCUCGCGACCGAUACCGCUACUCACGGUCGCCGCAAAGGGGACAGAAGAACACCGCCGCCCCAUAUUCAGCACGGGCUGCCGCCCGUUCCGGUCCAUCUACAGCACCACCACCAGCCGCCGCCGCUGCCACCGCAUGGAGGAGCGCCGCAUCCUGCCUUCUCCGUCUUCUCGCAUCCACCUCCACCUCCACCUCUACCACACUUGGGCAUGCCUGCUGGCUUUCCGUUUGUCCCUCCACCGCCUGUUCCCCCGCCAGGCUACCAGGGACCAUGGCCUCCGCCCAUACCGCCUCACUUGCUGCCAAAUUCUGCUUGGUCAGGAUCUGCAGCAACACCGCCGCUGCCGCCGCCGCCACCGCCGCCACAACAAUACCAACAUCGGCAUCAACAACAGCAUCAACAACAUCCCGGGUAUCAGCAGCAACAAUACGACGAACAAAGACAUCCUUCGUAUGGCCAGCCACCUCAGCAAGACCCGAGGACUGGUAAUGGAUCUUGGGGUCGGCCGAGAGGGUAGUGUAGUUGAUGUCGUUUGA